AUGGAGGAGGAACCGCCAAAGGAGCCGGAAGAACCUACAACCAGAAGUUCAUCACCGUUAUCCAUCGCUACGCAAUCAUCAAUUCAAGAAUCACUGGCUUCGCUCCACCGAAGCCAAGUAACCACGCCUCGCCAAAACCGCAUUGGCUCCCUCUCGGCCCUCAUCGACCCGAAGAUGGCCCCGGCCGAUCGCAGCAGAUUCCCAAAGAUAAACCUUCGAACGAACAUCUACCGGGUCGAGUUGGACCCCGACACCAUUGUAUAUCGAUAUACGAUGCGGCCAGAGCUCGUGCUGAAGUCCGAUCAAGGGCGGCCCGCAGUGGAUUUGAGUCGUCGAGGAGGGGAUGACGCUGAACGUACACGCCGUGCCGAGCUGAUCCGUCUGGCCCUAAAAACCGCCCUCGAGACAUACGGUCUCCUUCGCAACGGAACCCACGUCGUCCAUGACGACUCGGCAACCAUUUUCACUGAUGGAGAGCUACAGCUUAAACAGCACAACGAUACCCUAACCGUCAAUAUCCGUGAGCUACCCCAAAGGGCUCGCGAGCUCGUCGAACGGCAUGAUGCUGAACAACUACGCCUAGAGAUCGUGCCUUGCCGCGAGUUCGCCGCCUCAUUCCGGUUGGGCGACGCCCUGGAGGAGAUCAAACUUGGGGGCACCGACCGGCCGUUGCGACAGUUUUUGGAGAUCCUCACCAGCCAGCCAGCGACCGGCUACACGAAUUUCGGCAAAGGACGCUCGUACAAAGAUGUCGUCUUUCGCGACUUGGGCCAGUUCGGCCAUGAGCGUCGUCAUGGAGUGCGAAAAGGCAUCCGCUUCCUCGAGGGCCCGACCGGAGGCAAAGAUUUGUUGGCAGCACUCGUAUUGGAUACGUGUACCGGAACUUUUUACAAGCCCCAGCCGCUUCUCAAAGCCAUCAUGGAGCUAAACGGCUGGAGAACGCCGAAAGACGUUCACUUCAGCGGAAACGGCGGGGCGUUUGCCAAGACGAAUUGGUUUCUACAUGGCCUCCGCCUUGGUGUCGACGGGACGCCGACCACAUUUGUGUCCGCCGGAUUGACAAAAGAUGCCAUUGGGAACCAAUGGCCAUUGGUGCUUCCAAAAGGCAAGAAAGGCCAAGCAGGCCAACAACCAGUCCCUAUCGAGAAGCUUUCGAUUCUUCCCAACCAGCGAGUGCCGCUGAAUAAGGCUGAAGUCCCUCCGGAUAAGCCUGUUUUCCCAGCCCAACGCUACCAAGGUAUUGCCAAUCACCUGGCUGCCCUUGAUUUGGCGACAGAUUCGCGCCGUACACUGGCCAGCCUUGGUGUCAAGAUCAGCCCAAAACCGCUGGAAGUGGAGGGUUUUGUCCGGAAUGCACCUGCUGUCAACUACGGUGAAAAAAGGCUCCCUACGGAAAAUGCGUCCUGGAAGACAAUGGCGGCUAGUUACGCCGUCGGCGCAAAUCUCGUCGGGAUUACGGUAUUGUGGAAUGGACCGAAAUUUGUGCAAAACGCGGUUCACCAAUUCGCCACGCAGCUACAGCAGAAAGCCAGGGCUAAGGGAAUCAACAUUGGGCAGGUCGACUUCAUCGCUGACCCUGUCGACAUUGAGGCACAAUUCCGGGAAAAGGACAGUUACUUCGUCAAGGCCAAAGUCUUCGAAACAAAGGUCAACGCCGCGCGCCGACAGAAUGAGCCGCACAAACACUGGAUGAUCAUCUACGCCGACGCGAAGGCCGUCAAGUCGCACGGGUUUCUGAAGCUCGCCGAAGCGAAGCACCAGAUUUUGACGAUGCACAUCACCACGGAGACUCUUCAAAAACUGAGUAACUUCACGUGGGAGAACGUGCUGGCCAAGUUGAACAUGAAGGCUGGAGGGCUGAACCAUUCAGUCGUGCCGCAGGGAGCUGCGCUAAAACUCUGGAAUAGCAACACGCUGGUGAUCGGCUACGAUGUGGCCCACCCCACCAAAGGCCUUACAGCUCGGCAGAUGGCUCUCGGCAACAUUGGAGAACCAUCUGUAGUUGGGUUUUCGGCCAACUGCACCGAACAUCGCGAUGCUUUCAUUGGUCACUUUGCCUAUCAACAGCCGAGAAGGGAGGCGGUGUCCGAUCAAGUGCUAGACCGAUUCCUGAAAUGGACCCUGAAAUGCUGGCGCGAAAGGCGGGGCAGACAACUGCCUGAAAAUAUCAUCGUGAUGCGCGACGGUGUCUCCGAAGGACAAUACGAUAUGGUGCUCCAAAAUGAGCUCGAAGCCCUCCGAGCAGCCUGCCAAGAAUUUCAACCAAAUUACCAUCCCAAGUUCUGCCUCAACAUCUGCACCAAGCGGCAUCAUAAGCGUUUCCUGAAAACGGACGGAAAUGGCGUGACAAACGCGCCUCCAUUGACCGUCGUCGAUCGCGACGUUGUCAGCGCAAGCGUCACCGAAUUCUACAUCCAAUCGCAUGUACCGCUUCAAGGCACCGCAAAACCCACUCAAUAUGAGAUGUUAAAAAAUGAGAUUCCGGGCAUGACGGAAGACGUCCUUCAGGAUCUCAUCAUCGCGCUCACCUUCCAGCACCAGAUCUGCCCGAAAUCAGUCUCAAUCCCUGAGCCCGUCUACCAGGCCGACGAGCUGGCCAAGAGGGGCUCCGAGCUUUUCAAUGCGUAUCUGGACGCCAACGGCUUCAUCCCAAGGAAGGAGAAGGACAUCGACUGGGACGACCUCACCAAACGCCUCUCAAAUGAGGGCAAAAACCUCGAUGGCCUGCGCGCAAAUGCC